AGAUACAAACUCGCAAAAUGGCACGUACCAAGCAGACUGCACGUAAGUCUACCGGAGGCAAGGCCCCCCGCAAGCAGUUGGCCACCAAGGCAGCACGUAAGUCUGCCCCUGCUACCGGAGGUGUCAAGAAGCCCCAUCGUUACAGGCCUGGAACCGUUGCCCUCCGUGAGAUCCGUCGUUACCAGAAGAGCACUGAGCUCCUCAUCCGCAAGCUGCCCUUCCAGCGUCUCGUUCGCGAGAUUGCCCAGGACUUCAAGACUGACCUCCGCUUCCAGUCCUCUGCUGUCAUGGCUCUGCAGGAAGCUUCCGAGGCUUACCUGGUCGGCCUCUUUGAGGACACCAACCUGUGCGCUAUCCACGCCAAGAGAGCCACAAUCAUGCCUAAGGACAUCCAACUUGCUCGCCGUAUCCCGCGGAGAGCGCGCCUAAGUUCCCUCACUAACGGCGUGCUUAGCCAGUUCUCCGGGCAGCAACAACCUGACAGCGGUCUGAAUCUCCCGGCUGGUGAUGGUGGAACGCUUGUUGUAGUGUGCAAGGCGGGAAGCCUCAGCUGCAAUGCGUUCAAAAAUGUCAUUCACGAAAGAGUUCAUGAUAGACAUGGCCUUGGAGGAGAUACCAGUGUCAGGGUGGACCUGCUUGAGCACCUUGUAGAUGUAGAUGCUCCUUGUUAUCGACAAAGGCUCACGCGCACAAGGCUUGCAAUGGAUUUGGCCAUAGCCAUUGCUUCACACAAUCAACUUGGAAUCCAACAUGGCGUCAAGGAGGCCGCGUUACAGGACCUCACAGGUGCCAUACAAACUCGCAAAAUGGCACGUACCAAGCAGACUGCACGUAAGUCUACCGGAGGCAAGGCCCCCCGCAAGCAGUUGGCCACCAAGGCAGCACGUAAGUCUGCCCCUGCUACCGGAGGUGUCAAGAAGCCCCAUCGUUACAGGCCUGGAACCGUUGCCCUCCGUGAGAUCCGUCGUUACCAGAAGAGCACUGAGCUCCUCAUCCGCAAGCUGCCCUUCCAGCGUCUCGUUCGCGAGAUUGCCCAGGACUUCAAGACUGACCUCCGCUUCCAGUCCUCUGCUGUCAUGGCUCUGCAGGAAGCUUCCGAGGCUUACCUGGUCGGCCUCUUUGAGGACACCAACCUGUGCGCUAUCCACGCCAAGAGAGUCACAAUCAUGCCUAAGGACAUCCAACUUGCUCGCCGUAUCCGCGGAGAGCGCGCCUAAGGUUUUGAUUGCAUACCUGCAACACAAAACUAUUAUCCUCGGCCCUUUUCA